AAAAACCCUAAAAAACAGUGCAACCUAACAUAGGACACCCAGUAUAAAAGCAAAACCGCGGCCGAUCCCCAAACCCUAACCUCAAGUGCAAACACAACACCGAGCCACUCUCUGUCGUUCAUUUCUCUUUCCUUAAACCCUAUCAUAUUUUCUCUGCGGAUUUAUUCUGUUUGAAGAAACAUGUCGGACGAUGAAAGAGGGGAAGAGAAGGAGUUGGAUCUUUCCUCUCCUGAAGUUGUAACCAAAUACAAAUCGGCGGCCGAGAUUGUUAACAAGGCGUUGCAGUUGGUAUUGUCAGAAUGCAAGCCCAACACCAAGAUUGUUGACAUUUGUGAGAAAGGAGAUUCAUAUAUCAGAGAGCAAACUGGGAGUAUGUACAAGAAUGUAAAGAAGAAGAUUGAAAGAGGUGUUGCAUUUCCAACAUGUCUGUCUGUGAACAACACAGUCUGCCAUUACUCUCCUCUUGCAAGCGAUGAGACAGUCUUAAAAGAAGGCGACAUAUUGAAAAUUGACAUGGGGUGCCAUAUUGAUGGUUUCAUAGCUGUUGUGGGGCAUACACAUGUUCUUCAGCAAGGUCCAGUCACAGGAAGAGCAGCUGAUGUUAUUGCUGCUGCAAAUACUGCUGCUGAGGUUGCACUAAGGCUUGUGAGACCUGGAAAAAAGAACCAAGACGUGACAGAAGCCAUUCAAAAGGUUGCAGCUGCAUACGACUGCAAAAUCGUUGAAGGGGUUUUAAGUCAUCAAAUGAAGCAAUUUGUGAUUGAUGGAAACAAAGUGGUUUUAAGUGUCUCAAAUCCUGAUACAAGAGUUGAUGAUGCUGAAUUUGAGGAGAAUGAAGUCUAUGCAAUCGAUAUAGUCACAACCACAGGAGAUGCCAAGCCAAAGUUGUUGGAUGAGAAACAGACGACUAUUUAUAAAAGAGCAGUUGACAAAAACUAUCACUUGAAAAUGAAAGCAUCACGUUUCAUAUUCAGUGAAAUCAGUCAAAAGUUCCCAAUCAUGCCAUUUUCUGCUAGGGCUUUGGAAGAGAAGCGUGCUCGAUUAGGAUUGGUUGAAUGUGUGAAUCAUGAGCUUUUGCAGCCAUACCCUGUUCUUCAUGAAAAGCCUGGUGAUUUUGUUGCACAUAUCAAAUUCACGGUUCUACUGAUGCCAAAUGGAUCGGAUCGUAUCACUUCACAUAGUCUGCAGGAGUUGCAGCCUACAAAAACCGUUGAUGAUCCUGAAAUUAAAGCUUGGUUAGCUUUAGCUGUUAAGAGCAAGAAGAAAGGUGGUGGCAAGAAGAAGAAAGGUAAGAAAGGUGAAAAGGGAGAAGGUGAUGAAGCGGUGGCAAUGGAGGAAACAACAAAUGGCGAAAGCUGAAUAUUUUGAUUUGUGUAAUUUUGAGAAUUUGAAUGAAAUUUUGGUUCCUCCAGAGUUGGUUUUUCUUGAAGGAUAUGAUGAGAGCAUUUCAUUUGAGUUGUUUUCUUUGAUGGGAAAUACAACCCAUAAAACCAAGUCUUUCUUGAUAUAACAUAUUGGCAUGUUUUGUUGGAGGAUCAA